AUGGAAUCGGGUAGCGGGAGCGAGGACUGCUACGGCGAGGGUAGGACGCAAGAACGACCCGAUAGUCAUAAACGAAGAGCCGAUCAGGCCGGAGGAUGCAAUAACGCCGAUGGUGGAAGUCGAGAUCGACCAGCAAGACAAGAAGGCGCUCUGGGAGCCAAGACCCCCGCAGACUGUGGAAGUUACUGCGGUCACUCUGGACAGGGUGAGGCCACGCAACCUCUUCCCGGCAAAGGAGUGGAGAAAGCUGCUCAAGAAACAUGGGAUCCAUCCCAUUGCGAUCUGGUUCCCGUGGAGAACAUCAGUAGAGAUACUGAUAAGAACAGGAGAGCUCGCGACUAUGCACAGCCUAGCGAAGGCAAUGGGCCGGGAGGCCCAGGUACUGGACCCAGCGAAGAGGAAGGACGGGCAGGCACUGCCCCUUACACAGGCGGCACUGAUGACGUCCAUAAACAUACGCCUGCGAGACCUAGAGUACGAACGCCACUGGACGGGAAGAAAAUACCUCGAGCAGAUCACAAGGAGACUAAUCGAUCUCCUGAACGAGGAUAUGACCAAGACGGUGCUAUACCACAAGCUCGCCACGACGGCAGCACCAGCAACCACAGAAGCCGACAACCCCUUUCUACCCUGACCACAAGCCAGUCUAUGUCCGAUCCUUACAACGGACCCUAUCCGACUCUUAGAGACAGGAACAGACCGAAAACCUACCAAGUGAUGGCGAUCAACGUGGAUGGAUAUAACAAUAAGAAAGAGCUGCAACUUAGAAGUACGAUAUUACGAGUCAGGCCGCACGUUGCUAUACUAUCGGAAACUUGUAUGCCCCUACACAGAACGAUCUACAACGACCAAUACACUGUCAUCGGAACUUCGGGACCGGCUGACGGGGUGGCUAUGAUGAUACGACAGGAUGUCCAAUACAGUAUUAGAGCUAAGGCCACGAGGGCCAUCAAGAUCGAGAUCGACGGCCUCGUUACCAUCAUAGGGACCUAUGGACCUACGGAACAGACAGCAGACAGGAUCAAAGCGCAGUACUGGGAUCACUUGGCUGGACUAAUAACGGAAGGGAAGCCACUCUUGAUUGCUGGCGACCUGAACGCGGGGCACGAGCACACCGAGGCGAGAACCGUCAAGGGCAUAACAAACUACACCAGACUUCAACGACUAGUGCACCAUCACAACCUCACCAUAAUCAAGACACCACCCACCUGGCUAUCAAAGCGCUCCAAGGACCACAAACCCAGUCGAACGCUGGAUCGUAUAAUUACCAGCACUAUCCCGGAUAACGACCAAGCCAGCAUCGCGCAGCUCGACUGGGAGAACGCCCCUGCUGAUCACGCGAUACUUACUUACAAGUGGGCUAUAGGCUCCCUAAGGCAUGACCAAGGAAGACCAAGGAACGUAACAUAUACUAGAGACCCCGGCGAGCCCACGACUAAGGCCUGGGGAGAGCUGAGAAUGAGACUUAAACAGCUUUUCAAACAACUGCAGAAGCCGGCUCCCAAACAAAAUGCUUACACCAGGCUAUGGGAGCAAUACAGAAAACAGAUGGGUGAAGAAGGGUUAACCCUUAUUGACCAAGAGGAAAACGACCUAGAACCUGGCAAAGCCAGAAAUCAGCUAAAACAAAUGCUGUAUGAGAGGUGGGGCAAGACGGACACUAACCACAUACCAAUGAAGCGGGAAUCCAAGGUCUAUCUCGACCAACCACCCUGCAUAGAGGAGAUCAUAAAAGCCGUCAAGGCCAUUAACAGGAAAGCUGCCACUGGACUGGACGGGAUACCGGCGCGGCACAUUGGCGAUAUACCGAUUGAGGACCUGCAGCAGUUCUUCGAACAGAUAUGGACGCAUACUAAGAUACCGAGACAACUGGUGGACAUGAAAGUCAAGAUGAUACCAAAGGCGAAACCCAGAACCACUAUCGAGAACACCAGGCCAAUCACCAUACCGUCGACUAUCUCGAAGGUACUAAACCAAGUCAUACUAACGCAUAUAUCACCAUAUAUUGAGCCGCACUUGCUGCCGCAACAGCAUGCAUAUCGCAAAGGGAGAGGAACGGCUACGGCCGUGGCUGAGCUUUUCACCAAAUUCAACAAGCCUGGACAAACGCUACUGCUGCUAGAUUUAUCGAAAGCCUUUGACACUGUCAACCACACCGCGCUCUUCGCAACACUACGAGCAACUGACAUCCCCAGCAAGGAAUACAACCUUAUCAGAGACCAAUAUAUCGACGCGGAAGUGCGAAUACAGUGGGCUAAGAGGUACGCACCUGCCUUCCCGUUGACUAAUGGCAUAAGGCAAGGCUGUCUGCUAAGUACCACCCUCUUCAACCUGGUUGAAGCGGAGAGGGAGAAGAAAUGCCGCGCCAAGAUGAAAUCUGUACCCUACGACGUCAUAAUGUACGCCGACGACAAAGCAGUCAUCUUAAAUGAGCCUGAACACGCGCAGCGCAUAAUAGAAGUCAAUAAGGAAACAGCGGCAGAAUAUGGCAUGCUGCAGAACAACGCCAAAACUGCCCGACUGCGUCUGGACAGAGACACGAAAGAAAUACAAACAGUCAAGUGGAUGGGGAUCCUGCUUGACAACAAGAUGAGUAUGAACCAAGAGGUGGUGCACAGAAUCGGAAAAGCCAAGAAGGCAGCCGCCGAUUACGCCGAGACCGUCAAGAACAUACCACCUUCGAUGAUGAGCACCAGAAUCAAGGUCAGUACAGCCUGCACGAUAAUACUGCCGCACCUGGUCUACUUAUGGAGGGAAAUCCCCUUCACGGUACAGCAGCGUGAAACUUUAACCGACGCGGCCACGCAGCUGCUGGCUAGAGAGUUCAGUAAUACGAGUGGGGUAACUGCAAGCUCUAUUCUGAGACAUGUCCAUGAGAUUACUAAAGGCUUAACACCCAGAAUGAAACAAAUAGGCGACCUUGGGGAUAUCCUGCCCACAGCAGCACCAAUUGAUGGCGUGUCCGCGGGUACGGCGGAACAGCCAGAACUAACUAACGGAACCGACAUUAAGUAUGCACGACUCGAUCAGCAACUAGAAACACUACCUGAUAAGGGUACUACAGCGCUGAGGAUGAAAGUGCCCAGGCUACUACUACCGACUACGGAAGCUGAGAACUUCUUCAGCCCAAGAGAGGAACCGCACUAUGAAGAGACGAGGGAUGUCUUUACCAUCACACUGGAGACCUCACCACCCACUCCCGGUUUCGGCAAGGACAAACAUCACCCGCAAAUAGACAACAUGACCUUACGCUUAGAUACCAUACAGCAGGUAGAACAAGCACAACUCGCUUGCCCUUAUGUGGGGCUACUAGAACGACAAAGCAAGCCAUGCGCGCACACUAUUCUACUGCACACCAAGGACUUUACCGACCACCUGCCGACGACCCAUGUUUUUGUGUAG